ACAGAAGUGACCUGAAAAACGCAAAGAAAUUUAUUUGCGUGUGGACGUUAAAAAGUUUUUACCCCUUUUUUCGUUUCAUUCACAAAUUUUUCUGUCUUGCCUGAACAGUGAAUGUCAAAAAGGUCACUCAUUACUGAUUAGUAUACAUACAUAUAUAUGUGUAUAUAUAUACGCUGAAUCGGAAACUAUUUACUGCGCAAUAAAGAUUAGAAAGAACAGCAAUAUUUCGUUUGUAAAUUCUUGAUAUACCCCUAUAAGAGACUCAGUUUUUCUUACAGAUCGAAAUACCGUAACUAUAAAAGUUUAUCUAUAUCCAGUUUAUUAUAAAUAUACACCCUAUCUGAUUAUACCGGGAUUGACAUACAAAACUUAUUUAACGACUGCUACAAUUUAAUAUGGUACUCACGGAUGAAACCUUCAGUCCUCUUCAUAUGAUUACGUUACCUACAGAAGAAGACAUUCGCCACUUAGCUACUCUUUCAUGCAUGCCAGCUCAAGAUAUGAAAGAUCGGUUUGAAGACGUUACAAAAAAGCUAGGUCAAUGGUUAGAGACCGCUCAUAUGAUCACGUUUACUAUUGAACAAAGUGUGAAAAGAGGAGACAAUAUGGAUUCUCAUACAGUGCAGCCUUUGGAAUCAAUGGCAGUCAAUACAGUACAGCCUUUAAUACGAUUACUUUCAGAUACACUAGACGAAAUACAACAGGAACAAGACGAAGAUAUACAGGAUAUGAUGAGUAUGAAGCUAUCCUUAACUAAAGUGCAAUCAGAAUGGUCUGGGCUGCAGCAAUUCAUCGUCUCAGUUAAGAAUCUGAUUGAUGCGUCCAACGAAAAGAUUAUGCUGAGGAGAUUGAUGGAGAAUAUCUUACUACAAAUUGAUGAUCUGUCCAUCAUGAUUUUUCAAUUUCAAGAAAAAAAACAUAUCAUGCAGCAGCAGCAGCAGCAAGUAGACACUAGUGCGGUCACCAUAGCCACGUCAAUAGCCACUACCAUAACUUUUCACGCAGGAGCAACAAAUAAGGAUGCGAACAGCAGUGUGAGAGAAGACGGUAUACUUUUGGAAAUUGACAAUCGCGUAGGGCCUUUAUUCAAUAAUGUAGAAAAAGUAUUUAACCGAAUGACAUCACCAGACAAUCCACCCGAAGACAGUACAGGUUUGUUGACGAGAAAACAUCUGCUUGUUCAAGAGCGUUGGGAAUUAUUAAGGCUAGAAAUUGACGAACUGAAAGCAGAACUUAAGGAAGACCGCUGGUUAGCAAUUUUCAAUCAAGUGGCAGAUCAAGUCGACAACAUGAUGAACGGAUUGAAUAAGACUGUAGACCAAUGCUAUUUAUUAAUACAACAAAUUCUGAAACAACACCAGGCUACUCAAGGAGGAAAUGGCUAUAGUCUACUGAGCUCACUUUCUGCCACUACUCACACGACACCGUCCUCUUCCUCCUCGUCUUCUUCUUCAGCUACGACAACAAUAGGCAAUGCAAUAUCGACUCCAACAGACCUACGUGAAAAACUGCGAUCAGUAGAAAAGAACUUUGAAGCAAAAUAUAAGUACUAUACCCCCUCUAUCUCGAAGAUGCUGACGAUGUUAGGAAAUGGUAUAGCAUCCAGAGUGACUCAGGCCAGCUCAUCCACCAUUUUUUACCGUCAUGAAGAGAUGCUAACAAAAUGGAAUGCAUUAAAGAACACCAUGGACAAUUUACGUAGAAGAGAAUUGCCAGAAAUCAUGGGAUAUGAUACUUGUUCCAACUUCUCCGAUCAAUCUAGCAGUAUCAUCAGUGGCUGGUCACGUUUGAGUGAUCGAAGUAGUAGCGACAGUAAUACAACGAGUAGUUUCAGUAGAGGAACACCAACGCCUCGGAACAACCACAGCAAUAAAUAUAACAGAUCAUUGUCGCCCUCUAUAGGUCAUGUGAUGGAAGAGAGCAAUUCUCUGUUAGAGCUUACUGCAAACAUGGCAAGGUCAAAGAGCCCUUUUAAUAACGGCCAAAAUCGAAUGGUCCGUAGCAGCCCAUCACCUUUAUUCAUUGAUGAACAGAGACAUCGUGCUGGUCUGAACGAUAACAGUGGCAGAAAAACUUCAACUGCAUCACCUAUUAAUGGAUACUAUUCAUCACGUGAACCCAUCAAUGCAUCACCUUCGUCUAUAACAACAAGGUUCAUGGGCAAUCAGCUAUACAUGAAUAAAUCUGUCACUACAAAUAAUAUGCGCAGACAGCAGUUUGAAGACGACGGUGAUGAUGACAUUCGUCAAUUUUUAACACCGAAUAAUGUCACAACAACAAAUAGUAAUGGAAAACAACAACAAUUUGUUACAUCCACAACGAAUAUGUUACAACCACCGAGGAUGUUAAAAAGAUCAGUUACGCCUAAUAUCUUAUCCUCGACUCGUCAUAUCAGGAGUAACACCCCUUCGUUUAUUCCACGCCCGAGAACACCCAAUAGCAAGAAAAUGGAUAGCAUGAGGCCCAGAUCAUCUAUGGCACGGAUGAACAAUACAAAGUUACACCACGAUCAACAACAGCAGCAGCAACAUUACUUCUAUAAACCCGACCCUAAAGACCCCUUGGAUAAAGCAAUAGCCCUCAUUGUCAACCGCAGUCCUAUUCCUAUUCAAUGUUCGAAAAAGACAGGUACUGCAGGAGACGGUAAAUACUUCUUUGGUAACGAGUUGACACCAUCGCUGGGAGGUGGUAAAAAGAUCUAUACCUGUAAGUUAAUGACGUAUGAAAACAGUGGGCGAAGUAAAGUAUUGAUACGUGUUGGCGGUGGUUGGCAAGAUUUAGAGAUCUUCUUACUUGAGCACACGAACCUGAUUGGUUGACAAACAAU